UGAAACGUCGCUAUGAGAAAAGCUGGCCGAGCCUUUGCGUUGCAUUCUUUUUUGGAAUAACAAAUGUCGUGGAAAACGGAAUAUCCUCACUUUGACACAGUUCUUGGACAUAAUGUUAAUCGGUAACUGUCGUCAAUAACACACUGAUUUUUUUGGCAGAUAAACCUUGAUUGAUAAUCGUUCACCACGCAUCAAGAGAACGACUGACCAGUAGAUUUGGAGUUGAACGAAGGCGAGUUUAUUCCUAUGACCUGACAACAGCUAACUUUCUCGCCGUGUUUGCUCCCUGGCUCAAACUAGGUAUUACGGGUCGGUAGAUUCGGUAUUCCAUCCUUCAGCAAACACCCGUGAUAGACAAGGAUACUUGAUACAGAGAAACUAUUUCAACAGUUAUGUUUCUCAGACAUUCUAACUUGUAGUAGGCUGCGCAACAAAAGUUUGUUGAUGCCAUUUAUUUUGUCUAGAAAUGUGUAUAACUAUGUUGCCGUAAAACACAACACACUUCUCAUUCGACAUUCGUUAAUCAGUUUGGCUACAUAGCUAUUUGGCCUAGGCUACGAUCUUGUGCUAUUGCUUGCGCAUUUCUGUGAUGCAAGUAGACAGAGAACAGGUAACAUGCACCAGAACAAGAGGCGGCGACGAUGACAUGACCGAAGGUGACCUGGGGGAUGGAACUAGGGUAAGACACAAGGCUUUGAGCUACAACAUCAAGCACCCAGUUCGAAGUAGAAGCCAGGGGGACUUUCAGGAGCUUUUGUCACCAAUACACUCAUUGAAGAGGAACAGCUUUGGAGGAGGAAACAAAGAGACUUUUUCCUGGACACCAUGCAGUGAAAUGUGCAAUGUCUUGAGGCAGGAGUUGUUGCAUGGAAGACAGCUUCCUUCUCUUUGUAAGGAAAGAGAAUCAGAAUGCCAUGAUGAUGGAAGCAGUGGAGAGUUGCAGAGGAAAUUACAGGAGGUCACUGAGGAGGUAGAGCUGUUACGCUCAGAGCUAGAGGUGACACACCGUCAGUUGGAAGGGAAGCAUGAGGCUCUGAGGAUCCUUCAGGGACAUGCAAUCUUAGAUAAGGCAACUACUCAUACCAAAAUCUUACUUCAGAAGAGCGAGGAGAGGACCAAAGCCUUGGAGAAGGAAGUAAAUGCAUUACAAUGGGAAAUAAAUUUUAACCAGGUGAGAUUUAAGAACUUCGAACAGUCAUGGGAACAGAAGUAUGAAAGGGUAUGUUCUGAGAAUCAAGCCUUGGGUGCAAGUCUUGAAGAAAGAACAAAAGAGAUGCAAGCACUAACGACAGAGAACACUUCUUUAAACCAGCAAUGUCUGGAGCUUCUGGCCCUGCUCGGUGCUCAGGACCGGAGUGAGUUCCAGGGUACCCAGCCCCCUUCAAACCAAGGGAGAGAUGGUUCCGUGCUUGAGCUUGCAGUGUUUGGGGCCUGCCAGUGUCCCUCCAGUCUGAAGGAGCCGUGUCCAUGCGCCAGGAGCUCUGCCGCCAGCCGCAAGCAGGUCUUACAGCUGAAGCAAGAGCUGAAGACUUAUAAGAGGAAGAUGGAGGAAGCGUUUGUGAUGGCGGACGCCUUCCGCAUAGCCUUUGAGCAGCAGCUGAGGCGGGGGAGCGACCAUGCUCUCCACCUGGCCGAGACUGACACGUACAAGACUCUCAAGAAGCAUCGGGGGAAAGAGAGGCCGAGUUCUCUCAGCAUUGGACAGAGGUUAAGAGGGUUUCUUCCGUCUGCCAUGGAAGGACUGAUGCCUAAAGACCCACAUGAAACGCUGCAUAUGCUGCUUGAUCUGUUGAGCGAUAAAGAAGAGGCCCUGGCUCAUCAGAGGAAAGUCAGUUACAUGUUGGCCCGCAACACCGAGGCCCUUGAGAAACGUCUCCACGUUCGACUGCAAGGAAGCAGUCCAGACACAGAUUUGAAAACAAACGAAAAAGCUCCAUCAGGGGAAACAGAAGAUGCCUUGUGUGACUCAAAGGAGGAUCGGCCAUCUUCUGAGGAUCAUAGCACCGAGCCCACUGACAUAAAAGAGACCAAAAGCUGAUCCCUUGAUCACUAAUAAACAAAAAAAAAGCUUUAAGUACUCAUACAGCAUGGAAUCAAAUUAUGUAUUAAAUUAUUAAGUUAAAUGUGUUUUUUGCAUUGUUUUUACAAAGUUGUACUAACUUAAAACAGUUCAUUAAAGAGUAAUAUUCUUUGAUUAAAUGAUGGAUGUGACCAACCUGUAA